CAGCAGCCCUCAGUCAGAGCAAGAAGCAGCCAGAAGGGCCUGCUGCCAUCUCCUGAUAUUCUGACUUUCUUCUGCACUGGGGAGUCCAGUAUCAUACCUCAACAUGGCCCAGUGGCAACAGAUACGGAUGCUGGACAAUAUCCAUCGGGAGCAUGUGCACCGUCUCUACUCAGAUGAUUGCUUGCCAAUGGAAGUGCGGGAAUACCUAGCCUACUGGAUUGAAGAUCAGAACUGGAGCCAGGUGGUACAAUCUGACUGCUCACAGGCCUGCUGGCUUUUCCAAACCAUGCUGGCUCUUCUGGAUGAGCAGCUUGGACGUCUUGUGUGGCAUGAAGAGAACAAUUCAAACAUGGUCAUUAAACACAACCUACGCCGUUCAAAACUCAGCCUACAGGACAGGUAUGCAGAGCAUCCAGAAAAACUGGCCAACCUGAUUGAUGGUUUGUUGAGAGAGGAGAGGGCUAUUCUGUCAGCAGCUGCGGCUACUUCUCCGACAAGGUUGGAGCCCCUGCCUAAUGCGGCCUUGAUCACUGGCCAGGAAAACAACAUUGAGGAACGGCUAGCAGAGAUGAGGAAAGCAAUUCAGGGUCUAAAAAAUUCCAUAGAGCAACUUGAGGAUUUGCAGGGGAUCUUUAACUUCCGGUUUACUGCAUUCAAGAGACUGGCAGAAAGAUCGACACCUUCUGAUCCUAAUAUCAGGGACAAAUGGAAAGAGCUGCAAGGCAUGAUAAAUCAUUUGGACCGUUGUCGCAAGGAUGUGCUGGCCGGAAUCCAGGCACUGCUGGGCCGCUCGGACACUCUGAGGGACCUGUUGCUGUUGGAACUAUCUAUGUGGCAAGAUCGCCAACGGCGGGCGUGUAUUGGGGAUGUUUGUGAUACCAGUUUACGACAACUAGAGAAGUGGUACACUGGAAGCGCUGAAGACCUGUUCCAUUUACUCUGGCUGCUACAGACCCUGGAUGAGCUGCAUCAAAAGAUGACCUAUGAAGGAGACCCCCUGCCACUACAGGUGCAUCACUUAAGAGAGCGGCUGCAAGAGCAAAUUUUCUGUCUUUUAAAAAGCGCUUUUGUGGUGGAAAUUCAGCCUAAAAUGCCCUUUCCCAGUCGCCGGCCACUGUUGCUGAAGACCAACAACAAGUUCUCUGUCCAAGUCAGGCUCCUGGUCAAGCUGAUGGAUCAAGACCACAAGAUGGAGGUGAAGAUGGAGAUUGACAGGGAUUCUGCUGAUUUGGUAGGGUUUCGAAGAUUCAACAUCUUGCCAUCAAACACCAAAACCAUGGUGAAGGACAGGCCCCAGGUGGAGGGCCUCGUCUGUGACUUCAGUCACAUUAUGCUGAAAGAGCAAAAAUCUUCUGGCUCAGGUAAAGGCAAAGGUGGUAAAGGUGCCAGUGAGGGAACAUUACCUGUUACAGAGGAGCUGCAUGUCAUCACGUUCACACUAGAUUAUUGCUACCAAGAUCUCAAGUGCCAGCUUCAGGCAUCCACUUUGCCUGUGGUGAUCUUCUCUAAUGUCAACCAGGCAUCCAGUGCCUGGGCCUCCAUCCUGUGGUGCAAUAUGCUUGGAGCAGACCCAAAGAACCAGCAAUUUUUUUCCAGUCCACCAGCUGCCACUUGGGCCAAGUUGUCAGAGGUGCUCAGCUGGCAAUUCUCAGAUGCUACUAAGCGAGGCCUCGAUGUGAACCAGCUGAAAAUGCUUGGAGAGAAACUCUGUGGGUCCAAGGUAACACCACAAAGCACAAUCACCUGGGCCCAGUUCUCCAAGGAGGCUUCUUCUGGAGACACUUUUUCCUUCUGGACUUGGAUUGAUGGAAUCUUAGGUCUGAUCCAAGAGCACUUGCUGGAACUCUGGAAGAAUAAUCUCAUCGUGGGAUUUGUGAGCCGCAAGCGUGAGAGGCAUUUGCUGAAGCAGAAGCGGGCAGGUACCUUCCUGCUGCGGUUCAGUGAGACAACCCGGGAUGGCGGCAUCACCUGUACCUGGGUGGAAUACAACAAUGAUGGGUCCCCAAAGAUCCACUCGGUCGUGCCCUACACCAAGACCGAGCUGAAGUCCUUAGCGCUGCCUGACAUUAUCCAUGACUACCAGCUCUUCGCAGAGGAGGACAUGCCUGAGAAUCCACUCAAGUUCCUCUACCCUGACACUCCCCGGAAUGAAGCUUUUGGUCCUUACUACAGUGAACGUCGGGAAGGUGACCUGACAGAGCAGAAGAAAUAUCUGGGACGCCGCUUGAUCAGAGUCUCCUCUAGGCAACAGGAUGAGCCCCGUGUUCUGGAGGUGAGCCCAGAGGAGCCCAGCAUUCUGGAGGUGAGCCCAGAGGAGCCCCGCAUUCUGGAGGUGAGCCCAGAGGAGCCCCACAUUCUGGAGGUGAGCCCAGAGGAGCCCCGCAUUCUGGAGGUGAGCCCAGUGGAACCCCGCAUUCUGGAAGUGAGCCCAGAGGAGCCCCGCAUUCUGGAAAUGAACCCAGAGGAGUCCUGUGUUCCGGAAGUGAACAAUGAAUUCCUCCCUGAUAACAUGGAUGCAGUCAAUGCCUUAUUCGGAAACUUUAUGCUUGACAGGAAUGACCCCUUCCUUCCACCACCAGGCGAGGAGGAGCUGUUCGAGUAUCCUGAUCUCUUUAAACUACCAAAUGAGAUGCCAGAGCUGAAUUUGAAUGAAGAAGAUUUUUGUUUGACCCCACAGCCGGAAUAACGAGACGGACAACAGUUUGGAUCAAACAAGGGCCACUUUAUUAACUAUAUA